AUGGCCCCGCCCGCCCCGCCCGUCCCCCUCGCAUCCUCCGCCGCCGGCCGCGUCUCAGGCAAGCCAUGGAAGUCACACAAGUCCCCGGCGGUCCGGACCCAUCUCCCUGACGGCGUCAAAACGUCCUUCGAGCACCGGAUGGAAAAGACCAAGAGGGAAAAGGCCAUCAAGCAGCUCCAGGCGGAGCUCACGGAGGAGAAGGAGGCCGAGCGUCUUCGGAGACGGCAGGUCACCAUGGACCGCAGAAAAGCAGCUGAGGAGCGCAGGCGAGCGGAUGAGCUCAAGGCCCAGAUGGGCGCACGAAAAGCGGCGAGACUGCGUAAGAAGGCAGGGCGCACCAAAAAAAUCAACCAUUGA